AUGGUCGUGGAAGUUGCUGAAGUGCCAGCAUAUACAUCAGAAUGGAUAACUUCAGUGGAAGAUCACUUAGAGAGAAAGACAGGAAGGCUGGAACUUUCGGGAGUCGGAGGUAGUUGGGGUACCCUUAGGUUACGUUGUGAGGCCACUCUCUUUAGGUUAUACCGUGCCAACAGCCUGGAGGUAGAAGUACGACCGGAUACACCCCAACCGGCAUCAGUACUCUUAGGACCAAGUAACAAAGGUUUAUCUACUACUGAAGAAAUAUCUUUGAAAUAUCUCGUCAAAGGGCACACAUUUAUGGCAGCUGACGGAAUCCAUGGAAAGAUCGAACAACAAAUGAGAAAACAGAAAAGCGUUUGUGACGUUCAAGAUUUUAUUGAAGUGUGUGAAAAAACAGCAAAAAGAAACCUGAUUUUGAGUUUUACUAUUGGAGACUUCAUGGAUUUGAAAUCUAUAAUAAAGCAAAAAAAACCAAAAGAAAGGAGAGCUGCUCUUCCGUACCUGAAAGAUGUAGUCGAAGUUAAAUUUAAAAGGGGUGGUAUUCAAUCAUCCAAAAAGGAACCAAUUCUAAAAGAAUUAGCACCAAAGAUGGCCGAUAGUAGGAAGCAGUUUUGGGUUAAUUUACAUGUGAACGAUGGUUCUGAAGACCUUCUGGAAGAAGGAGUAUAA